GUGGCUUUGUUAUUGCAAUGUCCCUCAGUUCUGUGACAGUCUACCUCGGUAUGAAACCACCCAGGUUUUCGGUAGGACAUUGCUUCGCUCUGUUUUUACUGUAAUGAGACGGCAAUUGCUGGAACAGGCCAGACAAGAAAAAGACAAGCUUCCUCAAGAGAAACGAACACUAAUCCUCACCCAUUUUCCAAAGUUUCUGUCAAUGCUGGAAGAAGAAGUGUACAGCCAGAAUUCUCCCAUUUGGGAUCAGGAUUUCAUGGUGUCUAGUUCCCGAACUGGCCAGCUGGGAAUCCAGACAGUUAUCAGUCCUCCUCCUGUCGCAAGAUCCGUUUCAUACAGUGCAAGUCCUUCAUCUCUGGAGCAACCCAACAGUGGGAACAUGAGUCCUGCUUGCAAAGUUUCUUCUGCCCUUGACCCAAACCUAGGUGAAAAGAGAAAAAAUAAUGAACCCUAUUCUCUGGAGGAUUCAAAAAGACCAAGGGUUGUAGGAGAUAUUCCUAUCGAGUUAAUCAAUGAAGUAAUGUCGACAAUUACAGAUCCUGCAGCAAUGCUUGGGCCAGAGACCAACUUCCUCUCGGCACACUCGGCCCGGGACGAAGCGGCAAGGCUGGAGGAGCGCAGAGGGGUGAUCGAAUUCCAUGUGGUCGGCAACUCUUUGAACCAGAAGCCCAACAAGAAGAUCAUGAUGUGGCUGGUUGGUUUGCAGAACGUGUUCUCCCAUCAGCUGCCUCGAAUGCCGAAGGAGUACAUCACACGCUUGGUCUUUGAUCCGAAACACAAGACCCUUGCAUUAAUAAAAGAUGGUCGUGUUAUUGGUGGUAUCUGCUUCCGGAUGUUCCCCUCCCAAGGAUUUACGGAGAUUGUUUUCUGUGCUGUGACUUCCAAUGAGCAAGUCAAGGGUUAUGGGACUCACCUGAUGAACCAUCUGAAGGAGUACCACAUCAAACACAACAUACUCAACUUUCUCACGUAUGCAGAUGAAUACGCUAUCGGCUACUUCAAGAAACAAGGUUUCUCCAAAGAUAUUAAAGUACCAAAAGCAAAAUAUGUUGGCUACAUCAAGGAUUAUGAGGGUGCCACAUUAAUGGGAUGUGAAUUAAAUCCAAGGAUUUCCUACACAGAAUUUUCCGUCAUCAUUAAAAAGCAAAAAGAGAUCAUUAAAAAGCUCAUAGAAAGGAAACAAGCUCAGAUACGAAAAGUUUAUCCUGGCCUUUCUUGCUUCAAAGAUGGAGUACGGCAGAUUCCUAUAGAGAGCAUUCCUGGAAUUAGAGAGACUGGCUGGAAACCAAGUGGAAAAGAAAGAAGUAAGGAGCCCAAGGAUCCAGAUCAACUUUACAGCACAUUAAAAACCAUCCUGCAGCAGGUCAAGAGCCAUCAAAGCGCUUGGCCCUUCAUGGAACCUGUGAAGAGAACAGAAGCUCCUGGAUAUUAUGAAGUUAUAAGGUUUCCCAUGGAUCUCAAAACAAUGAGUGAGCGACUCAAGAAUAGGUACUACGUGUCUAAGAAAUUAUUCAUGGCAGACUUGCAGCGAGUCUUUACAAAUUGCAGAGAGUACAACCCCCCCGAGAGUGAAUACUACAAAUGUGCCAAUAUACUGGAGAAAUUCUUCUACACAAAAAUUAAAGAAGCUGGAUUAAUUGACAAGUGACAUUCUUUUUUACAGCCGAUCAGUGUGCCUACUUUGUGGGCAGGGGAAGCCGUUAAACAUCCUAGUUGUGGGACUUUAAGGUUUCAAGAAACUUCUGUUUAAUACUUAGCACUUUUAAAAACCCUUUCAGUUUUGCAAACAUGUAUUAUACUGAAGUUACAAAAAUUAUUUUAUUAAAAUGCUUUAUAAUGUAUUUAAUUACGGAAAAUUUCUUUUGUGUGCCCAUUACCAUAUAUUCAUAACAAGUUUAUCAACUACAGCCUCAGAAAGCCCACAAAACGUGGGAAAUUGCACAUGUUUGGGAAUAUGAAGAAAAUUCCCAGACAAUAGAUGUUAUACCUUACCUAAUGCAGUACCUAUUUGAUGAAGUGUUUUUUUUUUU